UGGUACCACUGAUAUCCUCUGUAAAUGCUCCACCCAAAAAGCAAUAUACACAAACCAAUCCCACCACCAUUUCCUUUCCUCAACAAUCCUUGCAUUUUUAAUCCCACCUCUUAUCAUUCCCAUCAUUUUCACACACACACACACACACACACACUGUGUACUGUCUUGAAAGAAGUUCAAAAACAGAGCCCAACUCAAGAAUUUUCAUGAACAGAGAGUAAAGUAGAUAUCUUUUUCAGGGAAAUCUACAAUCUUUGAUUAUUUGUAGUUAACCACAUAAAAGAAGAUGGCUUUAUGCCCAUUUGCAUUUUCUGGGAAUCUGAGCAAAGGAUUAGUUGCAGCAGAUGCUCAAAAGCACACUAAUUUCUCUUCUCAGUGGAUACAUGGUGCAGAUCUACCCUUUCACCCCUUCUGCAAGAACAACCAGGUUAGGAAAAACAAAACAGGAAUUUGUGCAACACUGUCUGAAAGAGGGGAAUACUUUUCACAAAAGCCUCCAACCCCCCUUUUAGACACCAUCAACUAUCCAAUUCACAUGAAAAACCUCUCCACUAAGGAACUGCAACAACUAGCUGAUGAACUCCGGUCCGACGUGAUCUUCAACGUGUCCAAGACUGGGGGUCAUCUGGGAUCAAGCCUUGGUGUGAUUGAGUUAACCGUGGCUCUUCAUUAUGUGUUCAAUGCACCUCAAGAUCGAAUUCUGUGGGAUGUUGGCCACCAGGCUUAUCCACACAAGAUUAUUACUGGAAGAAGAGAUAAGAUGCCAAGUUUAAGGCAGACUGGUGGUCUCUCUGGUUUUACGAAGCGGUCUGAGAGUGACUACGACUGUUUUGGCGCCGGUCACAGUUCCACAACUAUCUCUGCGGGAUUAGGAAUGGCCGUGGGGAGGGAUCUGAAAGGAAGGAAAAACAACGUGGUGGCUGUGAUAGGUGAUGGGGCCAUGACAGCUGGUCAGGCCUAUGAAGCAAUGAACAACGCUGGGUACCUGGACUCGGACAUGAUCGUUAUUCUCAAUGACAACAAGCAAGUUUCUUUACCCACUGCAAAUCUGGACGGACCAACAGCUCCUGUGGGAGCCUUGAGCAGUGCUUUGAGUAGGUUGCAGUCAAACCGGCCGCUCAGAGAGCUAAGGGAAGUUGCUAAGGGAGUUACAAAGCAGAUCGGAGGGCCUAUGCACGAGAUUGCUGCAAAAGUUGAUGAGUAUGCUCGUGGGAUGAUCAGUGGUUCUGGAUCAACACUCUUUGAAGAGCUCGGGCUUUACUACAUCGGUCCAGUUGAUGGUCACAAUCUUGAUGACCUGACGGCGAUCCUUAGAGAGGUCAAGAGUACAAAAACGACAGGUCCAGUGUUGAUCCAUGUUGUGACUGAGAAAGGAAGGGGAUAUCCUUAUGCAGAGAAAGCUGCAGAUAAAUACCAUGGAGUGACCAAGUUUGAUCCAGCAACAGGGAAGCAGUUUAAAUCGAGUGCUCCAACUCAGUCGUACACAACCUACUUUGCUGAGGCUCUGAUUGCUGAAGCUGAAGCAGACAAGGAUAUUGUAGCAAUCCAUGCAGCCAUGGGUGGUGGGACGGGUUUGAACCUCUUCCAACGCCGUUUCCCAACAAGGUGUUUCGAUGUUGGGAUAGCAGAACAGCAUGCUGUAACUUUUGCUGCGGGUUUGGCCUGUGAAGGGAUCAAACCCUUCUGUGCAAUCUACUCAUCCUUCUUGCAGCGAGCCUAUGACCAGGUAGUGCACGACGUCGAUUUACAGAAGCUGCCUGUUAGGUUUGCUAUGGAUAGAGCUGGCUUAGUGGGGGCGGAUGGCCCGACACAUUGUGGAGCUUUUGAUGUUACUUUCAUGGCAUGCCUUCCUAACAUGGUGGUGAUGGCUCCUUCCGAUGAGGCCGAAUUGUUUCACAUGGUUGCAACUGCUGCAGCAAUAGAUGACAGACCAAGUUGCUUCCGUUAUCCAAGAGGUAAUGGUUUAGGUGUGGAGCUGCCGCCUGGAAACAAAGGCAAACCCCUCGAGAUUGGAAAGGGCCGCAUACUAAUUGAAGGAGAGAGGGUGGCUCUCUUGGGUUAUGGAUCAGCAGUUCAGAGCUGCCUUGCUGCAGCUGCCUUGGUAGAAACCCGUGGUUUACAGUUGACAGUGGCCGAUGCUCGUUUCUGUAAGCCAUUAGAUCACACUCUUAUACGAAGCUUGGCCAAAUCACACGAGGUCUUGAUCACUGUGGAAGAAGGGUCUAUUGGUGGUUUUGGAUCUCAUGUAGCCCAGUUCAUGGCUCUGGAUGGGCUCCUUGAUGGAAACUUAAAGUGGAGACCAUUGGUUCUUCCCGAUCGAUACAUUGAUCAUGGAGCCCCGGUAGAUCAACAGAUGGAAGCAGGGCUCACACCUGCUCACAUUGCAGCGACUGUCUUCAAUAUUCUAGGGAAAGCUAGGGAGGCUCUGGAGAUUAUGUCUUAGAUCGAAGAGCUGUACAAAAAACAUCAUAUAGUAUUAGCUUCAGCUUAUCUAGUUUCCUACAAUCAAAUCACACUGCUGCUCUUGUAACAAAACGACUUAAAUGUAUUAUGUAUCACAUCCUUUAACUUUCACAAUCAUUGAAAACAUGACUCCAAAAUUAUUCAAAA